GCGCCCCUCCCCCGGCCAGACGGCGGAGGCUCCUGAGCGACAAUGAAGCAGCAACAGCAGCCGCAAACCCCCCAGCCCCAGCCGCCGCCCUCCGCCAGCGCGGGGGUCCCGGCCUUCCUCAGCAAGUUGUGGGCGCUGGUGAGCGAGGCACCCAACAACCGGCUCAUCACCUGGAGCCAGAAUGGCCGGAGUUUCUUGGUGCUGGAUGAACAGACAUUUGCAAAAGAAAUUCUUCCCAAGUACUUCAAGCACAACAACAUGGCAAGCUUUGUCAGACAGCUAAAUAUGUAUGGCUUCCGUAAAGUUGUCCAUGUUGAUUCUACGAUUGUCAAACUGGAACGGGAUGGUCCAGUCGAAUUUCAGCACCCUUAUUUUAAGCAAGGCCGGGAGGACUUGUUGGAACACAUUAAAAGGAAGGUUUCUUCUUCAAAACCUGAAGAGAACAAGAUACGUCAGGAAGAUCUCUCCAAAAUAAUAAGUAGUGCUCAAAAGGUGCAGAUUAAACAAGAGACUUUUGAAUCUCACUUGUCUGCUUUGAAGAGGGAGAAUGAAUCCCUUUGGAGGGAAGUGGCAGAACUGAGAGCAAAACACUUGCAACAACAGCAGGUUAUUCGGAAGAUUGUACAAUUUAUUGUUACCUUGGUGCGCAACAACCAACUAGUGAGCCUGAAACGCAAGAGGCCUCUCCUCCUGAACACUAAUGGACCUACAAAGUCGAAUGUAUUUCAGAAAAUUGUGAAAGAACCGGCUGACAAUAAUCACCAUGUACCUCUCAACAGAAAUGAGGGCUUAAAGCAAAGGGAACAGAUUUCAGAUGACAUCAUAAUUUAUGAUGUCACUGAGGACGUGGGUAAUGAAGAAAACCCCAUGGGCGAUGAAGAAAGUCUUCCUGUUACACCAGAAGCAAGUGAAGAUACUUCAGAUUCUUCCAACUGUAGCCGUUCUCCUGAUAUUGUAAUUGUGGAAGAUGAUAAUGAGGAAGAGGAUGCCCCUGUAAUUCAGGGGGAUAGAAGCACUGAAUCCAUUGCUGUGCCAGCUCAUGAUCCCCUCAGCCCUGCCAGUGACAGCGCAAGCCCACUCAUGUCAAGUGCUGUGCAGCUGAACAACCAGUCAACUUUAACUGCAGAAGAUCCAGUGUCAAUGAUGGAUUCCAUACUCAAUGAGAACGGAGUCAUUUCACAGAAUAUCAAUCUCCUUGGAAAGGUUGAACUUCUGGAUUAUCUUGACAGCAUUGACUGCAGCUUAGAGGACUUCCAAGCUAUGUUAUCAGGACGACAGUUCAGCAUAGAUCCAGAUCUCCUGGUCGAUCUAUUUACAAGCUCCGUGCAGGUGAAUCCCACAGAUCAUAUUGCUAAUACCAAAAUGGAGACAAAGGGAAUAGAAACUACAAAGAAUAAUGCUGGUCCAGAGGCCUCACAGGAAACACAACUUUCCAAGCCCAAAUCAGAUAAGCAGCUGAUCCAGUACACAGCCUUUCCACUCCUCGCCUUCUUUGAUGGGAACCCAGGCUCUGACGUGGAGAGCGGGAGCUCUGCAGGUGGAACCCCUUCCUCUGCUGGCAAAGCCCCAGAAAUGGAUGAGCUCCUGGAGAGCAGCCUGGACCCUGAGCCCACCCAGAGCAAACUGGUGCGGCUGGAGCCACUGACGGAGGCUGAAGCGAGCGAAGCCACACUGUUCUACCUGUGUGAACUUGCCCCAGCACCCAUGGACACAGACAUGUCCUUCCUGGAUAACUAAUGCCAUGGGGACUCUGUACAUAGUCAUGAACUAUUUAUUUAGGAUAUUGUUUGGUAUCUGAGUUUUUGUAAAUCACUGUUUUAUGUAACCAGAUGAUGUGGAAUCUCAAGAACCUUUCCUAUAUUACUUCCUGCAAGCAGUUGUUUCACCUCCUGGUUAGACAGCCAAGCUGGCAACACCAGGCUGCACUGCUGUCAGACCCUUGCUCUUAACACAUAUCACCAAAUAUCCAGGUAACCUAACCCUUGUGGAUACAACAGGGGUUUGAUUGAUGGUUUCUUCUAGUUCUGAUCUUACAUAUGAUGAUGUAAACUACUAGUGUAUGGCUAGGGAGCACUGACUUUCUGUAUCUUGGGUUGGUUUGGGUGUUUUCCUAUUUUUUACAUUUUGUUUAACAAUCAUGAAGCUUUUUGGUUCUUUUUUUUUUUUUUGGGGUGGGGGGACCAGGACCUGAUGUAGGCUUUUUUUUUCCCGGCUUCAACUGGGAACAAAGUGCCUGUACCUUGCUAAAUCUUGGUUCUGCCUUACUUUCACUUCAGUGGAAGUGCUCACACAUAGCACAAACCGGGGAAAAAGUUCUUGACAGCCACCAGGCUCCUCAGCUGCAUGAGUACUUUGGACCACCUACUCUGCCAAAAUAAAUGUUAAGUGUG